GCUCAUAUAAAGAGGAGUGGCAGCAAAUGUCUAGCGGGCAUUACGUUUCCUGUGAAAUGUAAAAGGUACAGAGUAGAAAACGGACUGCAAACGUCAUAAGAACAUAGCGGCUGUGAAGGAGCACUGCGUAGUACGAGAACGCAGCUAUCCUUUGGGAGGACCGGUCUUCAGGAAGGACUCACUUCAUCAUUCACAUCUCCCCUCUGUGGCGUGGAGUGUCGUUUUAGCAUCUUUAGCGUGUAUGCUAACACGGGCCAACAAGGAAUGCUAACUCUAGGCUUAUCUAGACCAGAGGCCUACAACAUCCUCCUCUAAAACUAGAACGACCUCAGUGCCAGUUGAUAACCCCCUCCGAAGCACACCUAGUGAAUUUGACCUGACGGUGGAUACUGCAGAUUCCAUACAGACAGCAAACCAAAGCAAAGCAUUUCCAUUGCCCCUUUUUGAACAAUUAAGUCUUGAAGUUUGACUUUUGUAUUACUUUCUUUUUUUUGUAUUGCUGUGAGCCAAGAGAUUUAAAAAAAAAAAAAAAAAAGAAAAAAAAAAAGUAAUCUGUAAAAAAUGGGUCCUGGAAUGGAAACGGUGGACAUAGCUGUGGUAGGACUGUAUUUUGUCCUGGUGCUAGCCAUUGUUUUUGCCAUGUGGAAAGCCAAUCGCAGCACUGUGAGUGGCUACUUCCUGGCUGGACGCUCCAUGACGUGGAUAGUGGUAGGUGCCUCACUCUUUGUCAGCAACAUUGGCAGUGAACAUUUCAUUGGCCUGGCUGGGUCAGGAGCAGCAAGUGGCUUUGCUGUUGGAGCAUGGGAAUUUAAUGCCCUUCUACUUCUUCAGCUGCUUGGCUGGGUUUUUAUCCCUGUGUAUAUACACUCGGGAGUCUACACCAUGCCGGAGUACCUGUCAAAACGCUACGGUGGCACCAGGCUAAAGGUUUAUUUUGCCCUCUUGUCUGUGUUACUUUACAUAUUUACCAAGCUCUCUGUGGACUUAUAUGCUGGAGCUCUCUUCAUUCAGGAGUCCCUGGGGUGGAACCUUUAUGUGUCGAUCGUCCUGCUCAUCAGUAUGACUGCACUGCUCACUGUCACUGGUGGAUUGACGGCAGUACUCUACACGGAUGCACUUCAGGCAGUGUUGAUGAUUGGUGGAGCCCUAACCUUAACCAUCCUCAGCCUAAUCAAAGUUGGCGGGCUAGAGGGUGUUAGAACUAAGUACAUGCUGGCAGUUCCCAAUGUUACUGCUAUAAUGGCCACUGGAAACUUCACCUAUUCUCCUUCCUGCCGCAUUGAGCCCAAACCAAACUCUCUACGCAUCCUUCGAGGUCCCAUGGAUGAAGACAUCCCCUGGCCAGGCUUCAUUCUUGGCCAGACCCCUGCAUCUAUUUGGUAUUGGUGUGCAGACCAAGUCAUUGUUCAGAGAGUACUAGCAGCAAAGAACAUUGUUCAUGCCAAGGGCUCUACGCUAAUGGCUGGAUUCCUCAAGAUUCUGCCCAUGUUUCUAAUAGUCAUUCCAGGAAUGAUCUCCCGCAUCUUGUUUGCGGACGAGAUUGCCUGCAUUGGACCAGAGCACUGCAUGGCUGUGUGUGGUUCUCAGGCCGGCUGCUCAAACCUUGCCUACCCACGCCUGGUCAUGGCAGUGAUGCCUGUUGGGCUAAGGGGUCUGAUGAUGGCCGUCAUGAUCGCUGCUCUGAUGAGUGAUCUAGACUCAAUCUUCAACAGUGCAAGCACCAUCUUCACACUGGACAUCUACAAAACUGUUCGGAAGAACGCGUCUCAGCGUGAGCUGAUGACUGUGGGCCGCCUGUUUGUUGUUGCCAUGGUGGCAAUCAGCAUUGCCUGGGUCCCUGUAAUUAUUAAUAUGCAAGGUGGACAGACGUACCUCUAUAUCCAGGAAGUUGCUGGCUACCUCACUCCACCAAUCGCUGCCCUCUUCCUGUUAGGUGUGUUCUGGAAACGGUGUAAUGAGACGGGUGCAUUUUGCGGAGGCAUGACAGGUUUCACACUCGGUGCCCUACGACUGAUCCUAGCUUUCAUCUACCGCCAGCCUCGCUGUGAUCAGCCAGAUGAUAGGCCUGCCUUCAUUUUUAAUGUUCACUACAUGUAUUUUGCCGCUGGGCUGUUCUGGAUUUCAGGGGCGGUGGCGGUGGUGGUCAGCCUCUGCACCUCUCCACCAGAUGAGGAACGGGUUCGCACCACCACAUUCUGGGGGCUUCGCAACAUUAAAAUGGUUCCCACAAAGGACCGAAAGGAGACCUACAGGAUGAAUGAAAAGAGUCCAUGUAGUGGAGAUGGGAGACUUCAUAAAGAAAUGCCCCCAGAUAUCAGAAAGGAGAUGUGUUUGGAUGGGGCGGAUGUCAAGCUCCUGGUCCCAUCCACUGACCAUGACCCAGCAACCCCUAGUACAGAAACAUCCCCUGCCACCACCCCUGCAGAGCAGUUUGGUAACGGAAGGCUGGAGAUGACCAGAGAAGAAAGCAGCAAUGUUUAUCACGAGACUGGCAGGUGUAUGCGUGUACUGGAAUGUUUUUGUGGAUGUAAGGACGGAGCACAGAGCGAUCAGCAAAAAGUACAGCAGGAGGAUGCAACGGUGAUUGCAGAGAUGCUGUACGAGUCACCUAGAGAUAAAGUUAUUCUGAACGUGUGUCUGGUGUUCGUCUGCUCUUUGGGCAUCUUUAUGUUUGUUUAUUUCUCACUGUAAUUGAACUCUGCACUGAACUAACUGACUGGUGUGGGGGCUUUUAUUAAGGUGGGGGGGAUCGGGGGCUGUUACACGAACAGUUGCAUUUUCAAAGAUUUGAGAAGCUUUCUGUAAUAUUUACAGUUGUCAUGUGUAGCUCUUUAACAGGGUUUUAAGCUUAUUCUAAUCAUUUAUUUAAAUGAUUAAAGCUUCUCCACAAACAAAUAUAUUCCUUAAGACUAUGAAGCUUAUUUUUUUUUUUAUUUUGUACAGCGCUUGUUAAUCCUGCAUUCAGAGUUUUUUUAGAAUGGCUGUACUCUUAGUGAAUUUGUAUUUGCCUUAUUUGACAUAUGCACUUGUCGGUCUUUUUGUGUUUUGUGAAAAAUAAAUGUAUCCUGUGAUUUACA